AUGAAGACGAGUAUGGAAGAAACCGGAAAACCGAAAAAUGAAUCGGUUACUGUACCUAAUGCAUUCAAAGACACAUCCAAUCAUUAUGGUGCAUCGAAAGAUAAAAUUGAAAGGAUUUUGAGAAUUCUAAAAAAUGAACAUAUUGUCAGCAUUGCUCGAAGCAUUGAUAGCAUUAGCGAUUUGUCACAAAGAAGUGCUCAUCCAUCUUUAUCCGAUAGCAGUUCAACAAAGAGUUUGGAUAUUACAUCAUCUUCACAACUCCCUCCUACCUAUGAUAUCGUUGGAGACAAACGUCUACAAGAACUGGAGACCGAGAAAGUAUGGUCUGAUGAUGAAAUGGAAUGGUUCAGGCAAGGUAUCCUAACAAGUAUGAAAAUGGAUUCAACACCGUUUUGCAACAUUCAAGGACCUGUUUAUGUGGAACUGAAACGAAACAUUUCGAGAGAUAAGGAAAAUAAUUUUGUGAUUAAUGAGAAGAUUGAAAUUAUUGGUGAAGGACAUUAUAAUGAUCGGCGUGUUUUUGCGACAAUUGAGCCACUUAUGACGAGACAUGCUCAUCGGCAGGAUGAUGAUGUUUUAGCUGAAACACGUCAGAUUGUUACUCUUAGAGAAAAUGCAAUCAUUAUCGAGAGUCAAUCAAGGUUUGCAGUAUGUCAACGAAAAAUGGAAAUGCUUCAUUUCGAAGUGAUAGAAUCUGAAAAAACUACUGAAAUAAUGGAGGAUGAUAGCGAAUUUGAAGAAAUGAUGAAGAAAAUAGUGAAAUUGAAAAAUGAGCCAAGUAAUGGCCAGAAGGCAGUUUACAGUCUAAUUGGACCUAUUAAUAUCCGUUGUGAUCAAGAAAUACAUACUCGACCGAACUCGAAAUUGCUACAUAUUUAUGAAACUAUCAAACUUCGAGCAAAUGAAAACGAAAAUGACCCGAAAGAAGAGCUGUUACUCUCAACCCGAAAUACCUUGACAAAACAAUUUGACUCAUCACCCUGUCGAUGUCUUCAGCGAGUAUUUGUCGGCAAAGAUGUUAUACAGAUCGUACGUGGAAUACGUAUCAGAAAUGAAAACGACGGAGCUAAAGUGACUAAUGUACUUAUUAACAGUAAUACAUCAGAAGCUUAUUAUCAGGGUGAUAAGUGA